ACCACGUGACCUCCCCUCUCUGACCGAGUGUCAGCUCUGCGCGUGCGCGUGAGACUGUACGUGUGUUUAUUUAUUUCUAUGCGAAGUGUUGUACCUUUCAACUGGCGUAGGGAUUAAAACAGCGUCGAUCCAGGAUGAUCUGAAGUAAGAGAAGGUAGAGAGGGGCUGGGAUGGCGGUGUGUGCUCUAACUGUGCUUGACGGGCUCGGGGAGGAGGCUACGGCUUUGGGUGGCGUGGUGGUCCUGUUCCUGGCUGUGGUUCUUGCCUGGCUGUCUACCCACGUGGCUGACCGUGGAGAUCACAUUCUGGGGACCAUUCUUACUGUAGGCGCCCACGCCUCCCUCAUUGGCCUCGGGGGUCACGACAGCUAUGCAAGCUCCCCGCCCAGCUCAGAGCCCAGCGAGCAGCCGGACGAGGAGCCCGCGGAGGAGGAGAAACAAGAAGAGAGCGAGGGCCGGCCAGAUGGGGGGGAGGACGUGCCUGGAGAAGAGCUGCUGGAUAUUCAGGGUGGGAGGAAGAAAGUGAGCUUUGUUCAGGGUGAGGAAAAUGAAGAAGGGAUGGAAGAGGAGUCAGAGGAUGAGGGCACCAGCAUCACGGUGAGACUGAAGUUUCUGAAUGACACAGAGGAGCUGGCAGUGCUCAGACCGCAGGACACUGUUGGAGUGCUAAAGAGUAAGUACUUCUCUGGCCGUGAACAUCAGAUUAAGCUCAUCUACCAGGGCCAGCUGUUGCAGGACCCCCAGCGCUCUCUCCUGUCCCUCAACAUCACCCAUAACAGCGUGCUGCACUGUCACAUCUCUCAAGCCCAGGCGCUGCGCGAGGCGGCCGCAGAGGAGAGCCCUCGAGCCGGGAGAGGCUCCAUGUUCAGCGGGGGGCUGCGGUCGGCCGGUCUGGCUCUCAGCACAGGAAGCCUGGUGAUCCCCGUGUUCGUGGUGCUGCUCGCCGUGGUCUGGUACUUCCGAAUCAACUACCGCCAGCUGUUCACUGCCCCGGCCACCAUCUCUUUGGUUGGGGUCACCGUCUUCUUCAGCUUCCUCAUCUUCGGCAUGCACAGUCGAUGAGAAGACGAAUUAAGAUGCCAAUAUUGGGGAGAACGAAACAAUUGGACGUGAAAAUAAGCAGUCAGUGGUAGCCGAGAAAGUUCUCAGGGAGCCCGUGAGGGUUCUGGUGCCAUUUAGACGACGGAAGUCGUGUGUGGAGUGAGAGUGUGCGUGCGUGCUAGUGCUUUCAGCUUUGUGAGCAGCACAAAGUAACACUGCUGUAUAAUUUAGCUUCUUUGGAAAAAUAGCUUUAUAAUUAUUUAAUCUCUGCCUAAAGUGUAGUUCUCUGUGUAAAGAGAAUUCAGGAUCCCAUGUCUGACUGGUCUUUUAUUUUAGAGGAAUUGCAGUUUGCGUCAGCUGAUGGGUUUUUAUCAUUUAAUGUGUCUCAUCUUCACAUUAAAUGCUGUAUUAGCACCACUAUCAUCUGUAGUAGAACAAAAAGUUGUAUGUUCAGUCUUACUGCACAAAAAAUAACCACAAACAGAUGUGAUGUACCAGUUGUGAGACAACAAUUUCAUUUUUAAUUUACUCAGAGUUUUGAUGUUUGUGAUUGAAGGAUGUUUUUUUCUUUUUCUUUUGCCAGUUACACUGAAAUCUGUAUUUAUUUCAAACUUGUUUCUACUUGACAGUCUGGUUCAGCAUGUCUGCUGCUAGUUACAGCUCCUAGUAAUCAAUUAAGAGUUUCAUACUUGAAGAUUUUACAUGCAACUAACACAGAAGCAUCUGGACCGCUAUAGUCUAAAGAGUCUAUAGAAAACUCACUGCAUUAAUAGGCAAUUCAUAUGUGACACUGAUAACAAAGCAAAUAAUUUCUUGUCCUGUGUAAAAUCUGUAUAUAAGCAAUAUAUUUACUGUAGAUAAAUCAAGAGAGUUGUGGAGGAACCUUAAAACUCUCUGAUAAUAUGUUGGUUCUCAUAUGAAUGGGUCACGCUCAGUAUUGUCAGAAAUGGGGGAAACCCCAAAAUGGUUUAGGGGGAAAACUGGUCUACCUAUUAUUCUCAUCCUUGCUUUAACAGACAACCAGCACCUCUUUAAUUAAAAUGCUUUUUGUUUUUGCUUUGAUGCAGUAAUUCAGAAUAAAAUAGCUCAUCUUUGAAAA